AUGGAGACAUUAGUUUUACCUCAUGGCCAAAAACAGAAUGUGCAAAAUUCUGCUAGCAAGUCCUUGAAAGAUCUGUGGCUUGUUGUACGCGAAGGGUCUGUGGCUGAUGUUGAUUCGGCUUUGGCAUUAUUGAAGAAGAAUGGGGGAAAUAUCAAUUCAAGGAACGCAUUUGGCCUCACGCCUCUACACGUUGCAACAUGGAGAAAUCAUGUACCUAUAGUCAGAAGGCUUCUUGCUGCUGGUGCAGAUCCUAAUGCUAGGGACGGGGAGUCAGGAUGGAGUAGCCUUCACAGGGCUCUGCAUUUUGGUCAUCUCGCGGUAGCAAGCAUCAUUCUCCAGUCUGGGGCUUCUAUCACUUUGGAGGACUCUAAAUCUCGAACCCCUGUUGAUCUAUUCUCUGGGCCUGUGAUACGGGCUGUUGGGAACGGAGAUAAUUCAGUGGCUACCGAGGUGUUUAGCUGGGGUAGUGGUGUCAACUAUCAGUUAGGAACUGGAAAUGCACACAUACAAAAGUUACCAUGCAAACUUGAUUCAUUUCAUGGUUCACUUAUCAAAUCACUUUCUGCUGCGAAGUUCCACAGUGUAGCAGUCACUGGCCGAGGAGAAGUUUACACAUGGGGAUUUGGAAGGGGCGGUCGCCUUGGGCACCCUGAUUUUGAUAUUCACAGCGGCCAAGCUGCAGUUAUCACUCCCCGGCAGGUGACUUUUGGUUUAGGGGCCCGCAGGGUGAAGGCUAUUGCAGCGGCUAAACAUCACACUGUCAUUGCAACAGAGGGCGGGGAGGUGUUUACUUGGGGUUCAAAUAGAGAGGGUCAGCUUGGCUAUACUUCCGUGGAUACCCAGCCCACACCAAGGAGAGUUAGUUCCCUAAAGUCAAAAAUUGUUGCUGUUGCUGCAGCAAACAAACACACUGCUGUAGUUUCUGAUUCGGGUGAGGUUUUCACAUGGGGAUGCAAUAAAGAAGGUCAGCUUGGAUAUGGCACCUCUAACUCAGCUUCAAAUUACACUCCAAGAGUGGUUGAAUACUUGAAGGGCAAGAUUUUCACUGGAGUUGCAGCAGCAAAAUAUCACACAAUUGUUUUAGGAGCUGAUGGAGAGGUAUUUACUUGGGGUCACCGGCUUGUUACUCCAAGACGUGUAGUUAUAACUAGAAAUAUUAGAAAAUUUGGGAGUUCUCCAUUGAAGUUUCAUCGUAAGGAACGCCUACAUGUGGUUGCUAUAGCUGCAGGGAUGGUACACAGCAUGGUUCUUACAGACGAUGGUGCCUUGUUUUAUUGGGUGUCCUCUGAUCCUGAUCUUCGAUGUCAACAGCUAUAUUCGCUGUGUGGUAGAACUAUGGCCAGCAUUUCUGCGGGGAAGUACUGGACUGCAGCAGUUACAGCUACAGGUGAUGUCUAUAUGUGGGAUGGGAAGAAAGGAAAGAAUGAGCCCCCAAUUGCAACUCGGCUACAUGGUGUAAAGCGGGCUACUUCAGUUUCAGUUGGAGAAACACAUCUUUUGAUUAUUAGUUCUCUCUAUCAUUCUUUCUAUCCUGCAUACAUUUUGGAUAACACUCAAAAGCUAAAGGUAAACAUUAGGAAGGAAUUAGAGGAGGUAGAUGAAGAUUUUGUGUUUAACGGCAUGGAGUCUGAUGAAAUAUUAUCCACUAUGCGGGAGGAUGACCUAGAUUUGAGGCCCAUACCAAGCUUAAAAAGCCUUUGUGAGAAAGUGGCUGCAGAGUAUUUAGCGGAGCCACGAAGUGCUGUACAACUGCUUGAAAUUGCAGAUUCACUAGGGGCAGAUGACCUGAGGAAGCACUGCGAGGAGAUUGCAAUUCGUAACCUUGAUUAUAUCCUCAGUGUCUCACCCCAUGCUAUUGCUAGUGCUUCAUUGGAUAUUUUAGCCAAUCUUGAGAAAUUGCUGGAUUUGAAAUCAUCUGAACCAUGGAGUUAUCGACGGCUCCCAACCCCAACGGCUACUUUUCCUGCGAUUAUUAACAGUGAAGAAGAGGAUAGCGAGACUGAAUUUCUUAGGACUCGUGACAAUCAUUCAAAGAAACCAACCUCAAAGAAAGCAAGUGACCACAGAUUGGAUAGCUUUUUACAGCCGUAUGAUGAUGCAACUGAAGGCAUUGGCAAACAAGUUCGAGCUUUGAGGAAAAAGUUACAGCAGAUUGAGAUGCUUGAAGAGAGGCAAUCUAAGGGGAAUCAUCUUGAUGACCAGCAGAUUGCUAAGCUUAAGACCAGGUCAGCAUUGGAGAGCUCUCUUGUUGAGCUUGGUGUCCCACUUGAGACGGUGCAGGCAAAGGCAUCUUCUUCAGAUUCUCCUGAUGGGAAAGGGAGUAAAAAGGUGGAGGUAUCAAGAAAACAGAAGAGAAAGAGCAAACAAAAGGCAACACAAGUACAAGUGGUGCCCAGUAAUUGUGGGAUCAGUCCUGAACCAAACACUGUGAAAGGUUUCUUGGAUGUUGAAAUCUCUCAAGUCAAGGAUAAGGUGCAUAAUGCUGGGUUCUUGGGGCCCGUUGCUAAUCAAGUCAGAAAAUUGUCUCCUUCCUGCAUUAAGAAAGACCUUACGGACAUUCCAACAAAUAAAAGUUCUUCACUGACAGCAUUGAAGAAAAAGAAUAAAAAAGGUGGCCUCUCCAUGUUCUUGAGUGGUGCUCUCGAUGGUAUUACGGAAGAUGCUGCUCCAACACCACCAAUGCCCAAAAGUGAGGGCCCUGCUUGGGGUGGUGCUAGAAUUUCUAAGGGAUCUUCCUCUCUUCGUGAGAUACUGGAUGAGCAGAGCAAAUCCCAGGAGACCAAGCCAACUAGAAGCAAAGAUCAGGUGGAAGAUGUUUCUAAUGGGAAAGCUGGUGGGAAACUUCGAUUGAGUUCGUUUUUGCCUUCCAAUUCAAUACCUGUGCAAUCGAGUCAGACGUCACAGGUGCCUGAUGGAGAAAGUAGCACCCCUCCUUGGGCUGCUUCUGGGACUCCACCUCUCCUUUCUCGACCAUCUUUCAGGGAUAUCCAAUCACUACAGCAGGGGAAACAACACCAGAGUCUCUCCCACAGUCCAAAGACACGAACCACUGGAUUUUCUGUUACUACUGGUCAAGGCUCACCAUCAGACUCUACCGGUCCGAGUCGUUGGUUCAAACCUGAGGUUGAUACCCCCUCCUCUAUCCGUUCAAUUCAGAUGGAGGAAAGGGCUAUAAAGGAUCUCAAACGUUUUUACAGCAGUGUUAAGGUUGUGAAGAACCAGUCUUGAGGAGGACCAUGUAUGUGUUGGGCAUGGUUUUUCAACCCAAAAGAUGCACAUAGUAGGUGGAGUGACCCGCUCCCUUAUAUGGCCUAGGAUCCCCUCAUCACUGAUGUGAGAUUUGCUCGACACCUCAACAGUAUGUUCAUCUGGUAGGUAGCUUUUGUUUUCGUUUACCCUUCUGAAUUCUUUCAUUUUAGUUCAAAGGCAAUGCUGUAAAUUGACUGUAUAGAUGAUUUAACUGUACAUUCGGUUCUUCUGUAUUUUUUAGUCUAUUUUCAGUAUAAGUUUCAGCCAUUCGCCUUACGUUGGCCGA